AUGGUCACGGCUGUGUUCUCUGAUGUAAUCAUGCCAGCUGACAAGGGUGAAGUGACUGUGCUGGCUGUGCCUCCCCCCCGGCCCAGGGUGGCCUCUGUCCCCCUAGAACGUAUCACCAAGGAAGACCUGACUUUAGAGCAGUUCUCCCUGGCCUCGAGGAGCUGUCCCGACCAAGAGGACCAGGCUUUGUUAGAGAAGUUUUGUCUGCUUUAUGGAACCAAGCUGGUGUUUCAGGAGCGAACCUGGUAUCUAGAACAUAAAUAUUUGACUCCCCUGGCCAGCAAGAGAAUCAGGUGUCAGUUGCUCGAUUUGUGCGACUCAGUGAAAGAUGAUGCCCUGAGGGUGAUCUCCGCCUUUAACAUCCUACAUAUCUCCCUCCACGCACCGAUCGCUGGAAUCGUCAACCCGAUGGCCCCUUGGGCCUUCUAUCCAGCACCGCAGCAUCCUCUGGCCCGGGAAACAGCGCGAUCUCCACGGCCCAAGCUGGGAGCCAAGUUAAAGCCAGUGUGGCGGAAAGGGUGGUGGCCCGCCCGCAGCUGCCAAAACGCUUCUCAGACGCCUGGAGCUGGGGCCCGAGGCCGGGUGGCACGCGCUGGACCGCGGCCCUCAGGGAUUUGGGUCGUAGAGUCGGGGUCCCGCUGAGGCUGGCGAGGCUCACUACAGCUGUUGGGAUAGGGAGCCAGGCGGCAGCCCCCGUAGUAUGGCGUUUUCUCCUCUCCUUGUAACCCCGACUGGCCGGGUCAUGACCUCUGCCGCCUAAGGCACCAGAUCCCCCUAGGCAAAGUGGGCUCCCUUUCGAGCGCGCUCCAGAGCUGGUUGCCACCAAAGGUUUCCCGCUGUUAGUGGUGACUCAGAUUUCCAGUGAUUUGGGAAGACUGUGGUGAUGGGUGGGAAAAAAAUAAAAAAUAAAAGUAUAUAAAGCAAUUAUAUUCCA